CGGUACCUUGCUAGCUAGCUUGAGUCCGUUUUGUUUUGGUUGUGUUAUAGUGCGACAGGAUCGCUAGACCGACGUUUUCGGGUUCAAGUCAGGUUAAGGCGCGCUGUAUUUAACUAUUAGUUCACCCGAAAGCUGUUUUCUAAGAAUAAGUAGCUGUGACGGCUAAUAUUUUAGUUUUGUUUUUUUUUUUGCUUUAAUACCCCGUAACAUCAUUUAUUUUCAUCCAGGAGCCCGAUUCUAAAAGCAGCUGAGCGGUGCAGUGAAUCAUGAAUCUGCAAUGAAAGACUCAGGAGAACCUUUGGGGCUUUUUCCGGGGUGCUUCCAGCCUCCAGGGGGAUAAGAAAGGAUUGAUAUAAAUCCCUGAUUUCCUCGGGAAGCGCCUGGAGAACCUGGAGGUUUGGAAGUCAUGGCCCAUCUACAGCAGACCGAUCUGUCAUAUGCGUGGGAAAAGUAUAUGGACUGUAGAUUGCAGGGAGCGGAUCUGCAGAUCAGCCUUCAGAGUCUGGAGAAUUUCCUCUGUCUCUUCCACUACGUGCAACACCACCCCGAUAACAGCACCAACAAUGCAUUGACAUUUUGCUCAGACAUGAGUGGGGCCAGUAACACACUGGCCAGAGAGUUUCUGACUGAUGUUCACCAGCUAUGCAGUGCGGUGGCCCAGAGAGCCGAGGCACGGGAUGAAGAUGAGGAGGAGAGUCACAUGGUGGCGCUGGGCGAGUACCUGGUCAGGGGACGAGGAUUCUUGUUGCUUAGCACCCUGGACGCCAUCAUAGAUCAGGAGCUGACUUGUCGGGAAGAGCUGCUUACUCUGCUGCUGUCGUUACUUCCUCUGGUCUGGAAGAUUCCUGUGCAGGAGGAAAAAGCCCCAGAUUUCACCCUGCCAUCCCUACUAGAAGUUUUCCUUAGCUGGGAGGUGAAGGCUGUUCCUCUCAGGACAGGACAGAAGGCUGUGACAGAUGAGCAGAACUCUGGGAAGAGAUCCCGUAUAGGCAGCAGCACCUGGAAGUCACGGAGAUCACGCAGAACGUUGCAGAGGUACUCUGUGAAAGAUGCUCGCAAGUCCCAGGUCUCCACUUCAGAUUCAGAAGCCAACUCUGAAGACAGAGCCGCCGGGGGCUCAGGUAGAGCAAGGAGCCGAAGACCACACGGAUCCACCAUCCAGGUGAGCUGCCAGCAUCAUCGCCCUGAGGCCUCGCAGUUGACUUCUACUGCCACCAACACUACAGAAACCAUGAGUGCACCGUAUCCCCACCCCAGAGUCCCUGGGUCUCAGAUGGUUGACAACGAAACCCUGACAGAUCCUGCUGCAAUAUCCAUUUUUAACCGCAUGGAGAACUCACCCUUUGAUCUUUGUCACGUGUUACUUUCCCUGUUAGAGAAGGUUUGUAAGUUUGACAUGACCAUCAAUCACAACCCUGGCCUGGCCGUCAGUGUUGUACCGACCCUCACAGAGAUCUUGACUGAGUUUGGGGACUGCUGUGGUCCACGGGGAGGAGGGGGGAUGGGGGCAGAGGAACUUGCUGGAGGCUGGACUGAGGAACCAAUUGCACUGGUUCAGAGAAUGUUACUACGCACCAUCUUGCACUUGAUGUCUGUGGAUAUUAGUCAGAGUGACAGACUUCCAGACAGCCUGAGACGAAGUUUGACGGACCUUCUGCGAGCAACUCUUAAAAUCCGAAGCUGUUUGGAGAGGCAGAGUAACCCUUUUGCCCCACGGACAAAAAAGACUUUGCAGGAGGUCCAGGAUGAUUUUUCUUUUUCCCGUUAUCGUCACAGAGCUCUUCUACUUCCUGAGCUUUUAGAAGGAGUACUACAAGUUCUUCUGAGUUGUCUCCAAGCUUCAACACCCAACCCUUUCUUCUUUAGCCAGGCCCUGGAGCUCAUCCAUGAAUUUGUCCAGCACCGUGGUCUCGAGCUCUUUGAGGCCACAGUUCUGAGACUGGAGGGACUGGGCAGAGCCAGUUCUGAUGUAGGCAGAGAGGCUUCGGAACGAUUACGGGGUCUCAUUGCAGGGGUUUUUAAAAUAAUCAGUGCUAUUAAGAAAGCAAAGUCAGAACAGCUUCAUCAGUCGGUUUGUGCUCGUCGCCGGCACCGUCGCUGCGAGUAUUCCCACUUCCUGCAUCACCACAGAGACCUAUCGGGCUUGCCUGUCUCUGCUUUUAUGCAGGCGGCCAGAAGCAACCCCUUUGAGGAGGAUGGGGGGGGCUCAGAGGGAACUGAGGGGGAUACUGUGCGUUAUCCGGAAAGAUGCUGCUGCCUAGCUGCCUGCUCCCACCAGUGUCUCCGGCUCCUGCAGCGCCUCUCACCCAGUGGGCCAUCUGUGCUGCAGGUAUUAGCUGGGAUUCAAGCUGUUGGAAUCUGCUGUUGUAUGGACCCUCGCUCAGUUGUAGGACCCCUUUUACAUGCUUUCCAAGCUCCAGGUCUCCGUAGUUACCAGUCCCAUGUACUCUGUGUGCUAAGUAGACUGAUUUUAGACCAGCUUGGUGGGGGUCAGCCAUCAGAGAAAGCUAAACUGGCUUCUUGUAAUAUCUGUACUCUGGACAACAGCCAACUUCCAGGUCUGGAGGAAACAUUGCAACAAGGAGAACCUUCAACUAUUUCUACCAGUUUAUGUUACCGCUCCCAAGGUAUCCUGCCUAGUGGAGGGGGAGCUGAGGAAAUGCUCUGGAAGUGGGAUGCCCUGGAGGCCUACCAGGAGCUAGUAUUUGGAGAGGACUGGCAGCUGAGCCAGCAGAUAGCUGGCCAUGUGUGCCAACUAACACUACGGGGCAAUGCUAUAGUGCAGUGGCAACUCUACACACACAUCUUCAACCCUGUUCUGCAAAGAGGGGUGGAGUUGGUCCACCAUGCCCAGCAGUUGGGGAUUUCUACUGUCUGCACUCAGGUCUGCAGCUACCACACACAGUGCUUGCCAGUGGAUGUCUUACUCAUCUACCUGCAAACAUUACCAGCACUUCUUAAAUCAAGAGUGGUCAGAGACCUUUUUAUCAGUUGUAAUGGGCUUAACCAGGUGACAGAGCUCGUCUACCUUGACCAGACUCGCUCUUUGGCUUUGAAGGUGUUUGAAACUCUGAUCAUAGGAGUCCGACAUCAGCAGAGUGAUGGGCUUCUUCAUGAACUAGAGAGUGCUGACACCAAAGAAAGGGACGCUAUCCUUAGCUUGGCUGAGGAACUGGGGUCCCGAGGGGUCGGAGAAGGCCCACAGAGCCUCAGCAAGUUCUAUGAAGGCCUAAAGGAGGUGUAUCCACGUCAUAAAAGCCGUACUGGACAGAACCAUGGACCAGGAAGAAGCAGAACAGAGACCCACCUACAUGUGAUCAACCUUUUCCUCUGUGUGGCCUUCCUUUGUGUCAGCAAAGAGGCAGAUUCUGACCGGGACUCUGCCAACGACUCUGAAGACACUUCAGGGUAUGACAGUACAGCAAGUGAACCUCUGGGAGGACGCCUGCCUUACCUGUCCCCAGACAGUGUUACUUUGCCCUCUAAAGAACAGCUACGGCGUGCUGCAGACGUCUGGUCCGUGUGUCGCUUCAUCUACAUGGCCAGUCCUCUGUUCCAAAGACAGUUUUUUAGGCUUGGAGGUCUGGAUGUGUGCUUGCGUCUCAUGGCCAUGGUUAUCCAGAAACUCUCUUGCAAGACCAAGGAUGGAAAAGCAAAGAAGAAGAGAGAGGGUAAAGGGAAAGGCAGCCCUGAGUCUACAGUUCCAGCUGCUUCAUUGGGACCUGAAGAUCCUUCCUGUGAAUCUGGAGAUUUCCACAGCUUAGGUCCAACUGAGGGGAAGACCAAAGAUCCAGGGAAGAGGUUUGAUGAACAGUGGCAGCUUCAAAGUAUUCGUCUUCUUGAGGCCCUGCUGGCCAUUUGUCUACAUAGCGCCAACUCGGCCAUGCAGAGAACAGAACCGGAGCUUUCUUAUCAGCUUCAGUCUGUUGAUGAGACCCUGUUUGAGGUGAGGGACCAACUAUCUCGCUCAGGAGUGGUGAACUCUGACCUGGCUUUACCCCUGUUCGACUCUCUGCUGCGAGUGGCCUUGGCUCAGGUGUCUUCAUGUACUGAUACACCCGAGGAGAAACCAGAGAGGAAACUCCAGGUGUUUGCAGAGGGGGCGGCUCCUGCAGGAGAUCUGUCUGAGGAGGUGGAUGAGGUGCAGAGCUGCAGCGUCAGGCAUCCAGGAGAGGAGGAGGGUUACGACGCUGAUAGUGAAAGCAACCUGGAGACCAUGAAGCAGCAGGAAGAGGGAGGGAAGGUGGAGCCUGCAGGGUUGCGAGAGUUUGCGGCAGCAGUGGAGGAUGGGCUGGAGCGUGGCGUGCUGCUGUUCCCUGAGAUAUGCACAAUGGAGCUGCAACUUCUUGCUUCUGGCUCCCCGGACCUGGAGGUUCUUGGUCAUGUAUUUCACAGCCUGCUGGGUGCCGUGCAUGCCAACCACCGCAACGCCGCCUUGCUCUAUGAACAGGGAGGAGUCAAAACCAUCCUUUGUAGCUUUCACAACAUCCUCAGUCAAACAGACCUCUCCUUUAAAGAUUGCCAGACUGUGCUGGUGGAGCUGCUCGUUGCCAUGGUGAGCCAGCGCAUUACGGCAGAAGAACUGGCCCUGUUCAUCCGACUCUUUCUGGGGAAGACGCCACCUACAGCUAUAUUACUCAAGGGUAUCCUACAAAUUGUCGAAGCUAACAUGAACAUGGAGCCUCUUCACUUCUUGACAUUUCCGAUACUCCACGGGGUUUCAACACCUGGAGGCUCAUCCCCCGGCUCCAGGCAGAGCUAUGCGGCCGGAGGCAAAAGCGUCAGUCUGCUCUGGAAGGGUAAACUUUCUCCUGGUCGCAGGGAGGGGGAACCAGAGUACCGGCUAUGCCACCUCUGGUCUUCACCCUGGCACACGGCCCCUCUCCACUUGCCUCUCGUAGGGCAGAACUGCUGGCCGCACAUGGCCACCGGCUUCAGUGCCUCAAUGUGGCUGCGGGUGACGGAGCUGGAGGAGAAGAGCGAGGACAAAGAACAAAGUAUUCGUCCUGAGUCCCAUGAUGCUUCGUCUCAGACUGAAACAAAAUCGACAGAAGAAAGCCUCGUCCAUAUUCUCUCCAUGGGCUCCAAGGCACUGAUGCUUCAAGUGUGGGCAGACUUCGCUAAAGGCUCUCUCACCUUCAGGAUUUGUAUAGAUCCAAACGACGAGAUAAAAGCAGGGCUGUUAGCACAAGCAGAGUCGGGUGAGGGAUUGUUUAGAAGAGGGCAGUGGCAGCACCUCGGCCUCACAUACAGCCAGCAGCCAGAGGGCAAGAAGAACGUCCACAGCCGUGUCGUUGUGUGGGUGUGUGGGAUCUGGAAAUGUGAGGUUUCUCUGGACUACACUCUGCCUCGCAAGCCCAGUUUAUCGUCUGACAGUAACAAAACCUUCUGCAUGCUGGGCCACUGCACUGUGUCCUCCGAGGAGCUGCUAAAGCAGGCCGGACGCUGGAGCAUGGGCACGGUGCUUCUCUUUAAUGGGUCGAAAAUAGGGCCUGAGGAGGCGUUCUUCCUGUACUCCAGUGGACCAGACCUCACGUCAAUCAUGCCCUGCAAAUACGGCAAGUCAAGAGGCUCAAUCUCCAAGUUUGUCUCUCAGGAAGGCCUUAGGUGUGAACAGGUCACAGAGAUUCUUAUGAAGAACAAGGACAUCGAUACAACAGCACUGGUUGAGAGCUUGGCGAUUGUCUACGCCCCCAGCAGUCCAAGAGUCUACACGAUAUACGAGCCUGUAAUCAGACUGAAAGGUCAGGCCAAGACGGUGGUCACCCAGCGGCCCUUCAGCUCGAAAGAGGUGCAGAGCAUUUCCCUGGACUCAAACGCCUUUAGAUCUCUGCUUCCCGUUGAAACUCACGGCCUGCAGAGUGUCCUGCAUAAGAUCGGAGGAACGGGGAACUUUGUCUUCCUCUUUGCACAGACGGUGGAGCUGAGUGACUGCGAGAAGACCCAGGCUCUGGCCCUGCGAGUGCUGCUGUCUCUCUGCAAGCACAACCAACACCGCAUCCAUGAAAUGGACUGUUACCAUGGUUACUCUAUGAUCCAUCAGGUCCUCAUCAAGUCCAAAUGCAUCGUAGGAUAUCAUAUGCUGAAAACCCUGCUGGACGGGUGUUGCAGUGGAUCGGUUCUGAUCCUGGGGGACGAUGAUCAGUUUCGAUUGGACGCGGAGUCUGUAGCUGUGGUUCAGGAUGUAAAGCUGCUGUCAGAAAUUCUGCUAGACUGGAAGAUAUGGGCCAAGGCAGAGUGUGGUGUGUGGGAAACACUGCUUACUGCUUUAGAGAUCCUCAUCAGGGUGCAUCACCCACAUCAGGUCUACAACAUCCGCCAGUUCCUGAACGCUGAAGUCGUGCAUCGGUUCCUGCUCACCUGCCAGGUGUUACAGGAGCACCGGGACGACCAUCUAACAGCCAUCUCUCAGGAAGUGUGUUUGUCCUUCAUCAAAAUCACCCAGGAGGUGCUGGGUUCUCCUCCGGACAUGGAUCUGCUGAAGCUCAUCUGUAACUUCCUGCUGGCCGUUCACCCACCCACCAACACUUACGUUUGCCACACUCCAUCCAGCUUCUACUUCUCACUGCACAUAGAUGGGAAGCUGUACCAGGAAAAGGUGCAGUCCAUUAUGUACUUGAGACGAUCCAACAGCGGAGGAAGGUCUGCCAGCAGCUCAGUUAUGUCCCUGUCCCCAACUGUUUUUGCUGAUGGUCCCCAUGAAGGCCAUCUUCACGCUCCAUCGCCUGAACAUGGAGGCGAUGAUCAGUCUUUACGACCACCCAGCUUUGCUACAUCUCCAUACUCCUCGCCUUUGGUGACUUCUCGACUUUGCCACAACAGCUCGAGUGAAGCGGCUGAAGGAGACAACGUCUCCCUCACCUCUCAGCAAGCUCUCGGCAGCACGGAGACUCUCAAGAAGGUCGGAGGGGAGGAGCAGCUCCUGAGUAGCUGUGAAUCAGCCAAGACAAUCUGUGACUCUAAGGACAUGGGGGAGGGUGCUGCACCACGCACGCCAUCCAUCAGCGUGGAGGAGGAGCAGGACGAGGCAGCAGACAUUGACAGUCUGACAGAGGGCAGCGUGGGGGUUGUGGAGUCUGAGGACUGGACCAGCGAGGAAGCACUGCGUCGCCCUGAUAGCCUGAAGGGUAUCCAGUCUUUCCAGAGGAGCCACAGCAACCUGACCAGUCUGGGUCUUGCCUUCCCAUUCCCUAAUGGUUCAUUGGCAGUUGCCCGCUUGCCCAGUGCAGCUGACAGAGCUUCAAUGCCCGAUGACUGGGAAAGUUAUACUUACUCUCCUGGCUCCGACAGAACACACAGCAAGACUGAGACCAAUGACAGGUCCAGUACAGAGGACUGCUUGGUUCUGAUUUGCUGUGGACUCUAUGAUCUUCUGAGGGGUAUCCUGCUGCUGCUGCCUGACCUCAUGCUUGAGGAGGUAAUGGAUAAGCUCAUCCAGCCUGAGGCACUCAUUGUCCUGGUCAAUCAUCCCUCACCUCUCAUCCAGCAAGGAGUCAUGAAGCUCCUAGACGCCUAUUUCAACAGAGCACUCAAAGACCAGAAGGAGAAGUUUCUGAAGAACCACGGCUUCUCACUGCUGGCCAACCAGCUGUACAUCCACCAGGGGAGCCAGGGGCUUCUGGAAUGCUUCCUAGAGAUGCUGUUUGGACGACCCGUGGGUUUAGAGGAAGAUCUUGACCUGGAGGAAAUGGACAAUAUCUCACCUUUCAGAAAGCGCUGCAUCAUCCCAGUGUUGGGUCUUAUUGAAAACUCUCUUUAUGAGAACUCCUUGGUGCACAGCAUCCUUUGUAUGCUGCUGCAGCUCGUCAAUGCCUGCCCCAAGCUGGCAGACAUCCUGCUAGACCACGGGCUGCUCUACGUGCUCUUCAAUACUCUAUCUACCCUCAAUGGCAUGGAGAAUGGUAUUCCCCUGAAUGAUUACAAGCUCCUGGUGUGUGACAUCCAGCAGAUGUUAGUCGCUGUGACUAUCCACUCCUGCAGCUCCUCGGGGUCCCAGUACUUCCGCAUCAUUGAAGACCUCAUUACCCUGCUGGGUUUCAUGCAAACCAGCAAGAUGAGACGCACCCAGGAAAUGGCCGUGGCCUUGCAGUUCAGAGUCCUCCAGUCUGCCAUUGAGUUCAUAAAGACGACGGCCAACCAGGAACCUGCGAAGCUGAGCGGUGCUGUUAAUACGCCGACCUCUCCACAUCACGCCAUCUAUCAGAAGCGUAAGAGCAUUGCAGGUCCCGUUGCCAUGAAAGACUCCAUUAUCCCCCGCAUUCCCAGACAGCACUACUGCUCCUAUGGCCAAAUCCCAAUGUUCUCUCCCUUCAGCUUCCUGUUCCAGGACUCCCCCCUCCCCUCCCCCACCGACACUCCAUCGUACAUGCUCCACUGUGAUGCAGGUCGGCGUCGGUUUUCUCUGGCGCAGACUGACUCUCUCCUGAUGCGGAUGCGCUCCGUAGCCAGCGAUGAGCUGCACCAGAUGAUGCAGAGGAGGAUGAGCCAGGAAAACCCCAUCCGUGCCAGUGAGACUGAGUUUGUCCAACGGCUGCAGAGGCUUGUGGUUCUCGCUGUCAACAGACUGAUCUACUAUGAUGUGAGUGAGGACUUAUUCGACCUGCUGAACAUCCCGGACUCGCCAGACCACAACAUCUUCACGCCAGAUCCGGGUGAUCAAGCGCACGAUGAGAGCGGGUCGUCCUCCGUCCCACACUCUCCGACUCCUUUUAUUCUUCCACAUGCUAGCAAGAAGAGUUUUCAGAAGGACAUCCUAAAGCUUAUGAUGGAUGGGAUCAAAAUCAGCCUGGGCAGCACGGGUCGUGGCGGAGCCCCAAAUCAUCAGUGGCGGAGGAUACUCUGGUCCUGCAGGGACACUUUCAGGGUGCAGAUAGGCCGUCUUCUGGUGCACACACUCAGCCCAUCACUUCCGCUGCAUGACAGAAAAGAGGCGCUUGAGUUUGUGUUCGAUCACAAGCAUAUAGAUAUCCUCAAGGAGAGCCUCAGCCCAGGACUAGAGCACGGGCCAAAACUGUCACUGUACCUGUACGAGAUGCUGCACGAUCACAAAGACGACCUCACCAAAGAAGAGCGAGGUGCCGUGGGUGUCUUUAUGACCUCACUCAAGCUUUGUGGCCAUCGCUGCAUCCCUCCCAAUGCGCCGCACAAACAAGAUCUACUCAAGGCCAUAAAGGAGGAAAAAUUCAAGUAUGAAGCAGAAGAGAAAACUAGUAAAGCUGCGUGGGAAAAGAAAAUGGCCAACACUCAGAAGAAUCUGAUCCAGAGGCUUGAUGGGAAAUCCAAAGAUAUUUCCAAGAUUGCGGCUGAUAUCACCCAAAAUGUGUCUCUGCGGCAAGGCAUGGAGAGGAAAAAAGUCAUCCAGCACAUCAGGGGCCUGUACAAGACUGACCUGAGCGCCAGUCGUCACUGGCAGGAGCUGGUCCAGCAGCUCACACACGAUCGCGCCGUUUGGUAUGACCACACAUCAUACCCAACAUCUUGGCAGUUGGAUCCCACUGAAGGGCCGAACCGGGAGCGGCGACGUCUGCAGAGGUGCUACCUCACCAUACCAAACAAAUACCUGCUCAAAGACAGACGGAAACCUGAGGAAACAGUGAAGCCUCCUCUGUCCUUCCUAUUUGAGGAUAAGACUCACUCCUUCUUCUACUCUACUGUUAAAGACAAAGCCACCAGCGAGUCCAUUAGGUUCACCAGACGGUGCACCAGCGUCGCCCCCUCCAGGGAGACAGCAGGAGAGUUGCUGCUGGGAAAGUCUGGGAUGUACUUUGUUGAGGACAAUGCCGCUGAUGCUCAUGACAACCAGAUCCUUCAGGGGGAGACGGAGGCGCCCUCUUUCUCAUGGACGUACGAGGAGAUCAAGGAAGUGCACAAGCGAUGGUGGCAGCUGAGAGACAACGCAGUGGAGAUAUUUCUGACUAAUGGCAGGACGUUGCUGUUAGCCUUUGACAACACUAAGUUCCGAGAUGACGUCUACCACAACAUCCUGACCUCUGACCUUCCCAACCUGCUGGAGCAUGGGAACAUCUCAGCGCUCACCCAGCUGUGGGGCUCCGGUCAGAUCACAAACUUUGAGUACCUCACCCAUCUCAACAAGCACGCGGGCCGCUCGUUCAACGACCUCAUGCAGUACCCGGUGUUCCCCUUCAUCCUGAGCGACUACACCAGCGAGACCGUCGACCUGCAGGAAACUAACAUCUACAGGAAUUUAAAUAAACCCAUUGCAGUUCAGUCCAAAGAAAAAGAGGACCGCUACGUUGAUAAUUACAGGUACCUGGAGGAAGAGUACAAAAAGGGCAUUCGUGAGGAUGACCCCAUGCCUCCCGUCCAGCCUUACCACUACGGCUCACACUACUCCAACAGCGGCACAGUUCUGCACUUCCUAGUCCGAAUGCCCCCCUUCACCAAGAUGUUUCUCGCCUACCAGGAUCAGAGCUUUGAUAUCCCGGACCGGACGUUUCACUCCAUGAACACAACGUGGCGUCUGUCCUCCUAUGAGUCCAUGACUGAUGUGAAGGAGCUCAUCCCAGAGUUUUUUUACCUCCCAGAAUUCCUGGUCAACAGGGAAGGUUUUGAUUUUGGGGUUCGUCAGAAUGGUGACAGGGUGAAUAACGUGAAUUUACCUCCAUGGGCUCGCAACGACCCACGUCUGUUUAUCCUGAUCCACCGACAAGCCCUGGAGUCUGAGCACGUCUCCCAAACACUGUGUCAGUGGAUCGACCUGGUGUUCGGGCUCAAGCAGAAAGGCAAAGCAGCCGUCCAGGCCAUCAAUGUCUUCCACCCAGCUACUUAUUUUGGCAUGGACGUGUCCGCCGUAGAAGACCCGGUCCAGCGACGGGCCCUGGAGACAAUGAUUAAAACAUAUGGCCAGACACCCAGGCAGCUCUUCAACUCCACUCACAUCAGCAGGACCACCCCUAAGCUGAUGAUGGAGGGGGAGCUCCCAGCAGCCAUGGGGCUCCUAGUACAGUUCGCUUUCAGAGAAACACGGGAACAUGCCAAGGAAGUCAUCUGCCCGAGCCCGCUGCCCUGGAUCAAAGGUCUAAAGUGGGGUGAGUAUGUGGGCUCACCCUCUGCUCCAGACCCGGUGGUAUGUUUCAGUCAGCCACACGGAGAGAGGUUCGGAUCCCUGCUGGCCCUACCGACUCGAGCCAUCUGCGGUCUGUCCCGCAACUUCUGCCUCAUGAUGAUCUACAGCAAGGAGCAGGGUGUGCGGAGCAUGCACAGCACAGACAUCCAGUGGUCAGCUAUCUUGAGCUGGGGCUAUGCUGACAACAUACUAAGGCUGAAGAGCAAGCAGAGUGAACCGCCCAUCAACUUCAUUCAGUGUUCCCAGCUUCACCAGGUGACCAGCUGCGCCUGGGUGCCCGAUGGCUGCCAGCUGUUUACGGGUAGCAAGUGUGGAGUCAUCACCGCCUACAGCAACCGAUUCACCAGCACCACACCAUCAGAGAUGGAGGUGGAGUCUCAGGUCCACCUAUAUGGGCACACAGGGGAAGUCACCAACCUGUUUGUCUGCAAACCCUACAGCAUCCUCAUUAGUGUCAGCAGCGACGGCACCUGCAUCCUCUGGGACCUCAACAGACUUUGUUAUGUGCAAAGCCUCUCGGGUCACAAAAGCCCAGUGACGGCCGUCUCUGCAAGCGAGACCACGGGUGACAUCGCUACCGUCUGUAAUUCUGAGGGCGGAGGUAGCGACCUCCGCUUGUGGACGGUGAACGGAGACCUGAUUGGUCACGUCCACUGCAGGGAGUCCAUUUGCUCCGUGGCUUUCUCCAACCAGCCAGAGGGCGUGUCUGUCAACGUCAUCGCUGGUGGUCUAGAGAAUGGUGUUGUCAGGUUGUGGAGCACGUGGGAUUUGAAACCAGUCAGAGAGAUCACCUUCCCGAAGUCGAGUAAACCUAUCAUCAGCCUGACGUACUCGUGCGACGGCCACCACCUUUACACGGCCAACAGUGAGGGCACGGUGAUGGCGUGGUGUCGACGGGACCAGCAGCGCAUGAAGCUGCCCAUGUUCUACUCCUUCCUGAGCAGCUAUGCAGCCGGCUGACCGUGCAUCUGAUGUUUACUGCUGUCCAUUUCUCAGCAAGAGGACCUCUCCUCCACUCCCCAUCCCCAUCCUUCUCCUCUUCCUCCCCGUGAUCCUGUCUCCACUGACGGGGAGGAAAGGGCAUCUCCGCAUGGCCUCCACCUCUCUGAACCCGUCCUGACUUUUAAUAACGCCACCCCCCAGCUGAGCAAACUGUACCACACCCAGCAUUAAGGAAGGAAGAUUAAAAGAGUGUUAUGUGUAGAUAGAUAUAUAUAUUUAUAGGGUGAAAUAUCGGAGAAGUGGAUGAAUGUUUUGGCUGCAACAGACACUUUUUCUUUCUAGGCGUGUGUUUAACAUUAGUCUUAAACGCUUUGAUUCAUUCUGUUCUGUGUUUUUUUGCUGAAUAUGUUGUAACUGUUCCCUGGUAAGCUGCUAUUGUCUGGGCAAAGCCGGAGCCAAAAAGUGUGAAAAAGACCCCUGUCUGUCACCUCGGCAGUGCUCGGGGCUCCCACAGCGCCGCAGCUGACAGAUUCCUGCCAGAGCUCAGCGAGUGGAGCGUGUCGUGCUGACGCUGUGGUUCCUCUCUUUGUGCCUGUCACUGGGAGGCGUCCCGCUCUGUGUGGGGGGGCUGUCGGCCCUGCUCUAGUGUGAACACCGGUGUCACGGCCCUGCCUUGCUCUCUGUCCCAGCUCUGAGGAGGAACUGCAGGGGAGAUGAGAUGGGAUGAAUUGCACCUUGUGUUGCCUGUUGUUCUGUCCUACUUCUGCAUGCCAGGAUGAUGCUGACCUUAACUUUGUGAAUGUGGAUAUGACAUUUACAGUCAUGAGCUCGUCGCCCAACGCCACCUGGGCUGAAAAUGUUUUCUUGCAUUUAGUAAGGCUUAUAUUUAUGUAUUUAUUUAAAACUGUGGCUCAUGUGUCCCUACUCUUCAUGUUUCAUUUGUUUUAUCUGGAUUUGUCUCCUGAAAAAAAAACCCCAAAAAAUAUUUUCAGUCCUUUUAAAGAGUGCUCUGAAUCUCAGAGAUACAGCAUUAAACGCCUAGGGCUGGAGAAGAAGCAUUAAAGGACACAUAGUUAAAGCUAGGCCUGCGCCGGCAUGAGAUUGUCAUGGUAUGACGACCAAAAUAAAACAAAAUUAAAUAACACCAUUUAUUUGAAUUUUUCUUAAAACCGAAAAGCAACAAUUAUUUCUACUGCUGCUAAAAGUAUUAUGUUAAACGUUAGAGUUGACCAGACAUUAGAAUCAGCCAGUUUUCACUCGAUUGCUUCUAAUAUAAAAUAGAUAACUAAAUACUCGAUGCUUAAAUCCAGUAAUUGUGUAAUUCCUUUGUUUUCUGUUGGCUAGAAAAGUAUUACCUCUAACAAAAACCAUUCGUUUUCUUUUUUUUUUUAUAUGUUCUUAAAGUCUGAAUUUAUACAAUUUUUAAUGAGCUGCUGAGAUCCUAAAGAAAACAGGAAAUUCUCAGCCAGAAAAAGCCUGAUAAGUGCAUCUCUAAUUAUUGAGACACUAAAAAGCUGAUGUUUCCUGGUUAGUCAGGCUACCAGCUCAUGUAUAAUCUGCAGUCAGCCGCUAAACAGAUCUGUUGCCGUAGUUUUAAAACAGAAUUAUACGAGUGGUGGUGGCAGUGCUCUGGUAGUUUCCACAUCAUGACAGUCCGUGUUUUCUGUGACCAGAAAUAUUUGCAAACAACUGAAUUUCUUUCUCGUACUACACGUUUCUCUCGUUUGCAUCAUCUUUUCAGUCAGCUGACCAGCAGUGCACAUUAACAGGCAGGGGAGGGGCUCUGUGGCACUUUGGUAGUCCGGCAGUUUCUCUGACAUCCUAUUUAUGUGACUUUAACCCGUAGCAACAGUGUGAAGAAAAGUUAUUGCAUUAAUGUUUUUAAACCGUAACCGUGGUAACUUUAAGCAUAAAGAAAAGGUUUUGGUAGGUGGGAGUUUUAGAUGAAUGAUGAUGAUGAGGCUUCUCAGACUCGUGUGCACUACAGUCAUCAGUCCAGGAAAAACAAGACCAGCCUUUUAACCCUUAAACCCACCUGAGGGUCCACACAUCUUCUCUGCACAUUCCCACCAAGCUCGCUGCACUUACAGUUUGGCCAUUAUAAAGCCAAAUAUUUGUCAGAAGCACUUUUUGUUGUUUGUUGCCAGAGUAGCAUAAUAAUCUGUGGUCUUAACAUGAGCAGGGGGCGGUGAUUCAAUGCUGCACAUAAAUACCAGGAAGCAAUAUCUCACACACAACAAAUGCCUUUUUUUUUUUUUUUUUUUUUUAAGAUCUUCUGAAAAACUACUCCUGCCUCUGUGUUGAAUGCAGCGUGAAGGAAAAAGAUCUCACAGGUUGAUUUGUCUUAGCUAAAGGGAAGUCUUCUUCAUUUAUCAUCAUUCCUUUGUCCGCUUUACCUGCCUGACUCUUAGAGAAAGUGUCUUGUUGCUGUGUUUGUUUACUGUCUCAAACACUUAUCUACAUACAGACAUACAUUUCCUUUCUGAAUCCUCUAAACAGCCACUUCUAUCUUCUUCUUUGUAACCAGGUAUAUUUUUUGUUCAGUAUGUUUCUAAUUUGUUUUGUAUCAUGAGAAAGUGAAAAACGCUGCGUGUGACAGAGGAAAGUUUUAUUUUUCUGUUAAUAACUUAAGCUAUGCAUAAUUUAAGAUCAUUGUCUUAGUUUGUGUCGUGUUUUUGUUUAGACUGAAAUGAUGGGCCGAGGGUCCCCAAAGGUCAUGUUGUGUUUUUCCUUUUUUUUGUUGUACAUAUGUAUGUGUCUGAAUGAACAAACCAAGUGAUAAAUAUUAUAAAUAUAUAUAUAUAUAUAUAUAUAUUUAAAAAUAUCUGAAGAAGUAUGACCACA